AAGGGCUGUCCCCUCCCCCGGAUGUGUGCUGCUUGGUAUAGUCUGCCUGGCUUUGCUGGGGCAAGGAAACCAAUCUGAUCCCAUAGGAGCUACAGAGUUCCCGGGUUGUUUGUCCCCUGCUCUCCGAGGGCUUCCUGACCCCUCUCCCGGAGGACAUGCCAACGCAGAGAGACAACACUAUGUCUCAAAUAGCAGAUUACUCCAACCAGGUGCGGGUCAAGGCGUAUUUUAAAGGAGACAUCAUGAUCACGCAUUUUGAGCCAUCUAUCACUUUUGAUGGGCUGUGCAAUGAGGUGCGAGACAUGUGCACCUUUGACAAUGAGCAGCUAUUCACCAUGAAAUGGAUUGACGAAGAAGGAGAUCCAUGUACUGUUUCCUCGCAGCUUGAGUUGGAAGAAGCUUUUCGUCUAUAUGAGCUAAAUAAAGAUUCUGAACUAUUAAUUCAUGUGUUUCCUUGUGCGCCUGAGAGGCCUGGCAUGCCCUGUCCAGGAGAGGACAAAUCUAUAUAUCGAAGAGGAGCGAGAAGAUGGAGAAAGUUGUACUGCGCAAAUGGUCAUACUUUUCAAGCCAAGAGGUUUAAUAGAAGAGCUCACUGUGCCAUCUGUACCGAUAGAAUAUGGGGACUUGGGCGCCAAGGCUAUAAGUGCAUCAACUGUAAACUGCUGGUUCAUAAGAAAUGCCACAAACUUGUUACCAUGGAGUGUGGGCGACAUACUUUAGCAGAACCAGUAAUACCCAAUGAAACAUCUGGAAUGCAAUCAGAUAACCUUGAACCAGCCAUGUCUUAUAGACCUAGAAGUCAAGAUAAUUUGGAUCAAGUUGGUGAAGAGAAAGAGGCGAUGAACAGCAGGGAAAGUGGAAAGGCCCCCUCCAGUCUGGGUCUUCAGGAUUUUGAUCUCUUGCGAGUUAUUGGAAGAGGCAGCUAUGCAAAAGUUCUGCUUGUUCGGUUAAAAAAAACUGAGCGCAUCUAUGCAAUGAAAGUGGUCAAGAAGGAGCUGGUUAACGACGAUGAGGAUAUUGAUUGGGUACAAACAGAGAAACAUGUUUUUGAGCAAGCUUCAAACCAUCCGUUCCUUGUUGGACUGCACUCCUGUUUCCAGACAGAAAGCAGGCUGUUUUUUGUAAUUGAGUAUGUAAAUGGCGGAGAUCUGAUGUUUCACAUGCAGCGUCAAAGGAAACUUCCUGAGGAACAUGCAAGGUUUUAUUCUGCAGAAAUCAGUCUGGCAUUAAACUACCUUCACGAGCAUGGGAUUAUUUAUAGGGAUUUAAAGCUGGACAAUGUAUUAUUGGAUUCUGAAGGGCACAUAAAACUUACUGACUAUGGCAUGUGCAAGGAAGGAUUGAGGCCUGGAGAUACAACUAGCACUUUCUGUGGCACUCCAAAUUACAUUGCUCCGGAAAUCUUGCGUGGUGAAGAUUAUGGUUUUAGUGUGGACUGGUGGGCUCUUGGAGUCUUGAUGUUUGAGAUGAUGGCAGGAAGGUCACCGUUUGAUAUAGUUGGAAGCUCUGAUAAUCCGGAUCAGAACACAGAGGAUUUCCUUUUCCAAGUUAUUCUAGAAAAGCAAAUCCGUAUUCCACGAUCCCUAUCUGUAAAAGCGGCAAGUGUUCUAAAAAGCUUUCUUAACAAAGAACCAAAAGACCGACUUGGCUGCCACCCACAGACAGGAUUUGCUGAUAUUCAGGGCCAUCAAUUCUUUCGUAAUGUUGAUUGGGACCUUAUGGAGCAAAAACAAGUGGUGCCUCCAUUUAAACCUAAUAUAUGUGGAGAAUUUGGACUGGAUAAUUUUGAUGCACAGUUCACUAAUGAGCCUGUCCAGCUUACUCCAGAUGAUGAUGAUGCUGUGAGGAAGAUUGACCAAUCUGAGUUUGAAGGCUUUGAAUAUAUCAACCCUCUCCUGAUGUCUGCUGAAGAAUGUGUAUGAUCCUCAGUGACACUGCUCUAAUCAGCAGCUGGAUCUAUCUUUCUUUCUCACAGACAGCACUGCUCAAAUACUGUCAAAGAGCUCAUUUCUAACAUGUUGCUGUGCUGCUGUGUGCUAAUGCAUGUCAGCUAUCCUAACCUGGGAGUUACUACAAUGACAUCUGGUUAAUGUCUGGACAUAAAUAUUUCUUUGUGUCUUCAAGCUCUUCUUGUUUUGCCCUGGUCUCUAAAAUCCAUCAUUUGAAUGGUACCUUUUUUAAACCUCAACAACUAUACAUUUUAUGACAAUGGUCCUCUCUGUGUUUUUACUUUGAUGAUAACCAAAAUACUUGGGGAGACGAGUGGCGCUUCUGUCUUCUGAGUAUUAGACAUGCCAGUUAACUGAUGUGCUAGAAUCAGGUCUCAUGUUAUUUAUUGCCCCUUUGUUGAGAAUAUUGCACAUUCUCUGUAAUGGAGCAAUAUCAUUUGCCCAGUUAGAUUUUAAGCUAAAUAUUAUAUUAAUGUCACAUUCCUUGGUGCCAGUGCAUAGUGCAGAUCAUCAUAGGAUUAUAUCUGCCAUUAAAAUGUUACUCCUCUGAGCAGUAAAGCAUUGGAGAGGAACUGCUCAGAUGUCCUGUACUGUAAAAGAGCAUAUCACUGGUAUUAUUAAAAAGCAUACUUGGCACUGAGGAACAGAUCAUUUGGAACCUGACGUCAUGGAUUAACACUUGGAUGUAGCAACCGAUAUCACAUUUUCUAUUCUACAAGUUACAGUGUCUGCAAGCUUAAAAUAACAGAAUAUGUUCAGAUAAUACAAUUUUAGCAAAAACUUCACAUUGAAUGGAGCAUUCAGUUAUACUGUUGCAUAAAGUGAUGUUAUGUGCACAUUGUGUACAGCAGUGAUUUUUAACCUUUUUUUUGCCGUGGCACACUUUUUUACAUUAAAAAAAUCCUGUGGCACACCACCAUCCCAAAAUUUUAAAAAAAUCACACAUUGUAGCCUAAUACAGCAUAUAUAUGUACACAUACACACAAACACACACAUACUGUAUGUAUUGUGCUGUUAUGCCAUGCCUCCUACAAACUACCCCUGCACUGGGAGUAAAAAACAAACAAAGUUUAAAAAAUAUGUCACACUGUUGUCAGUCUGCCGUGGCACACCUGAGGAUCUCUCACGGCACACUAGUGUGCCACGGCACACUGGUUGAAAAACACUGGUGUACAGUAUAUUCUAAAUUUAGAUUAGAGACAUUAACACUAUUUCAGUGCCACUUAAAAUCCAUAACCUCCAGUUAUGAAGAAGAUAACAUUUACACUUGUCGAGAAAAUAACACUUCUUUCUUCAUUUGCUCUUGUUUUUCACAUUUCUAGUUAUGGUUGUGAGUUAAAUUCAAGUGGAAAGUAAAUGUAAAUUUCACCUAAUACUUCUGCAUAAAAAGGGACAUUUGUUAAGGGUAUUUUAACUUACUUUCUUCAGAUUUUGUUCUUAAAAAUGAAUGCCUUUUUGACACUGAUGGCUCAGUACUGGUGCCAAAUGAAAAUAGCUUUUUUUUUUAUUAUUAUUUAAUAUUCUGGCGCUAGUUUUGUCAGUUCUUAAUCAACUGUUUUAUUUUGUAUUUUUAAAAUAACAACCUUGAUUUUAGCAAAGAGAAAUGUGCCCUCACUAAUAUUGUUGCAUCUCUACUGAAAUACCAAAUCUCUGCUGCUUGUGGGUCUCCAUAAAAUAACCAGUAUUUACUUUACAGAAUAAUAGACCACUACAAAUGUUCAUCCCUGUAUAUUAAGCCUUUAGACCCAGAAUAAAUAAUGACCCUAACUACUGAAUUAUAUGCGUUUACAGCUAUAUAUGAUACAUUUAAUCACAAUUUAUAAACAAGGCACAUGCAGAUGUGACUAUUAUCUGUAUCAUUGUUUUUGGAGUCCUUGUUUUUCAUCUAUGAGGAAACUGGUUAAAGACCUGUUCACUGGUAUAACACAUAUCAGUAUGUUGGUUUUCAAAGCACCAAUUGGGGGAGGAAAAUUUCCCAUGAAACAUGAACUGCUGAAUUUUAAUCUAUCACAUCUUCAGCAUAAGUGUUAAUGAGUUUCCCUAAAUAAUGUGUUUCUUGAGAACUCUGACAUUGUGACUACAUUAAUACAGCAUUAAUAGUAAAUAGUUUGUUAAUUGUAUGACCUUAUUCAGAUGCCUAUGCUAGUCUGACCACAAGCACAUUUCAUGCUAUUAUUUAUAUUCUAGCUUCUAACAGUUCCCAGGCUACACAUCUUCCUCAUCUUGUAUAGUUUUGGGAUAGCUGUGGGGCAUACAGCCACCUAAUAACCUUCCACCAGUUGAAGUUUUUGGGUCAUACUGUACUGCUAGAUUGGUUUGACAAGUAAGGUAAUCAGAUGCAUUUGUAUUCUUUUUGAUACAGACUGGAAGUUCAUGCAAUUUAAUACUAACCUUCUGGAAAGGUGAUGUAAAGCAGCUGGAUCAAUGAAUCCCAGAUAUCAAUGUUACAAUAUUGUUUAUAGAAACCUGAGACACAGCAAACUGUGAACUUUUUGUUGCAGAGGGAACUGCAAAUUUCAGGUUGUUACAGCUUAUAACUAUGCCUUGCAAUAAAUCAUUUGCAUGGGUCAAAUCUACAGUCCUAUAAAUAUAUUGUAAAGGAACAUUUACCUGUAACUACAGCAGCUCAUCCAGCAUAGUGUUUUUAUAAGAAGAUUAUUUAGAAUUGUAUCUUCCAUUUUGAAACCUCUUCAAUAACUCUAUGGUUGUCUUCAAAUUGUACAUCAGUAAGUAACCAUUUCAGACAGUAUCCAGUGAUGCGCAGUUUAUGAUUUUACUCUCUCUUGCAGAAAGCAGCGGCCAGGUAUCUUUCAGCUCUUUCACAACAGGGACAUUAAUAUACGAUAUGUGCUGGUGGCCAUUCUGCCAAUGAGGAAGAUAAAUGAAUGACACGACUGCUUGAUUACUGUGCAUCGUGUUCAGUCCCAAUGGCAAUGAGAGAAUGUUCUUUUGACUGUUGUUACUAGAAGUAGUUUGCUUUAAAAUAUCUGCAGAUUAUAUGAAAAUAAAAUAAUGCAGCAUUACUGGCUAAAUUUUACAUUCAUAUAAACUGUGCAAUGAUAAGAUCAUACUAAUCAUAGAUAUAUUCUAAAUAAAACCUCAUAUCUAAUAGUUUUGUCGCUAUAUUUACCUGUCAAUGUUCCUCUAAUAUUAGUAAUCAUCAUCUUAAAGGAACAUGAAACCCAAAAAGAUUAUUUCAUGAUUCAGAUAGAGAAUAUAAUUUUAAACAACAUUUCAAGUUACUUCUAUUAUCUAAUUUCCUUCAUUCUUUAGACAUCCUUUGUUGAAGAAAUAGCAAUUCUCAAGGGCAAUGCAUCUAUGUGCAGCCACCAAUCAGCAGCUACUGAGCCUAUUUAGAUAUGAUUUUCAACCAAGGAUACCAAGAGGACAAAGAAAAUUAGAUAAUUGAAAUAAAAUGGAAAGUUGUUUAAAACUGCAUGCACUUUCUAAAUCAUGGAAGAAAAAAUGUGGGUCUCGUGUCCCUUUAAGAAUGUGGCAGAUAUUUCCCUCUGUGCAGCUAAUGAGUGUAUUUCCAGCCCAAUAAACUUUCAAUGGUAUGAAAACAUAGCCAUUGAUAUAGUACAUGUGUGGACCUUUGUUUUCAGGUGUUUUGUUUAAAGGGACACUGUACCCAAAUUUUUUCUUUCAUGAUUCAGAUAGAGCAUGCAAUUUUAAGUAUCUUUCUAAUUUACUCCUAUUGUCAAAUUUUCUUUAUUCUCUUGGUAUCUAUAUUUGAAAAGCAAGAAUUUAAGUUUAGAUGCCGGCCCAUUUUUGGUGAGCAACCUGGGUUGUCCUUGCUGAUUGGACAGCACCAAUAAACAAGUGCUGUCCAUGGUCUGAACCACAAAUUGGCUGGCUCCUUAGCUUAGAUGUCUUCUUUUUCAAAUAAAGAAAGCAAGAGAACGAAGAAAAAUUGAUAAUAGGAGUAAAUUAGAAAGUUGCUUAAAAUUGCUUGCUCUAUAUGAAUCACAAAAGAAAAAAUGUGGGUUCAGUGUCCGUUUAAGUUUAUGGGCACGUUACUGGUUGCUUUCACACUGUAAUUAUAGUUUUAGGGUUUUUAAAUCUGUUCUCUGUGGCUUUUUAUAUUGUGCUAUAUAUCAUUUUUGGGUUAAGUUUAUAUGUCUAUUUUUUAUACUGGUAUCUUUUUUUUCUCAUUAUCUUUGUUUUUUUUUAUUCUAUAAGUGAACUCUUUUGUGACCUGUUGUGUUAAAGUGCCACACAUUGUUUUGUCUGCAUUUCUUGGACUUUAAUAAUAAAGUUGAACAGUUUUCAGAGAAUCUGCAACUAUUGUAUAGUUUUUUUGGAAGAGGCAAAUCUGAUACAGGGUCUUUCCUGAAAGGAAAUUAUGCAGGAUCUGUUACAGUCAAAUAAUACUAUUAAAAUGACCCUUUUUACUGCACCAGAAAAAAUAUAUAUAGUUUGUGAGGGGGUAAAAUGUAUGUCAAUAACGAUUAAAUAUUUAGAAUCACAA